AAAAAUUAGGAGAUGUGUGAGGGUCUGAAGAGGGAUUACCAGGUCUGUGAAGAGGUCGGCCGGGGAAGAUUCGGUACCGUCUAUCGGUGCUUCUCGCCCGACUCCGGUGACUUCUUCGCCUGCAAAACCAUUGACAAGCGCCUCCUGUCUGACUCCGUCGAUCGAGAAUGCUUGGAGAAAGAAGCCAAGAUCAUGCAUCUUCUCAAGGGCAACCCUAACGUCGUCCAGCUCUUCAAUGUUUACGAAGACGACAACUAUCUUCACAUGGUCAUGGAGCUCUGCAACUCUUCUGAUCUGUACGAUCGUGUCUCUAAGCGGAUUUUUUCCGAAGUUGAAGCGGCUGCCGUUAUGUUGCCGCUAAUGGAAGCAAUCGCUCAUUGUCACAGGCGGGGUGUUGCUCACCGGGACAUCAAGCCUGAUAAUGUGCUUUUUGAUGAUCGUAACAGACUGAAGCUCGCUGACUUUGGUUCGGCCGAUUGCCUUCACGAGGAGAGAUCUAUGAGGGGGGUCGUUGGCACCCCGUACUAUGUUGCUCCCGAGGUUCUUUCUGGGAGGGAUUACAGUGAGAAGGUGGAUGUUUGGAGCGCGGGGGUCAUUAUGUACAUAAUGUUGGCCGGAAUCCCGCCUUUUUACGGUGAUUCUGCGACCGAGAUUUUUGACGCUGUUCUUCGUGCCAAUCUUCGGUUUCCGACUCGGAUCUUCCAUUCCGUGUCCCCAGCAGCCAAGGAUCUUCUUCGGAAGAUGCUCUGUAAAGACGUUUCGAGGAGAUUCUCUGCAGAGCAAGUACUAAAAUCUGUAAAACGAGAUAGUGAUAAAAGGUGUUUGGGCUUGCUCUUUUUUUGAUGGAUAUAGGACAUCCGUGGAUUACAAGCGGAGGAGGUGAGAGAUCCAUGAACGACCUCACUUGAACGAAAAAAAAAAGUAAAGAAAAUGCUGCCACUAAAAAGCGUGAAGCGUAUGAUGUAUAGGAGGAGGCCUACGACUACUGUACAUAUACGCUGGGUAGAGUUCAGGUACUUGGGUUCUUUGGAAGUUAAUGAAGCCGGUUUUCCUUUUCCCAGUUGGGAGGAAGUUGCUUGCAACGAUAUCGCAUAUUGGGGACUACGCAACCACCCAAGCCAAGGGCCCAAGACUGAACAUAUGUUUCUUAUUUUCUUUUCUUUCUUUUGCGUGUAUGACUAUGAGGAACAGACUCAAGAGAGUCAAGAGAAUGUAGAUAUACGUUAAGUUGUUAAGAAAUACUAGCCGUGCGGCAUACGGCUACGAGAAUCUUUUCUUACGAGGUCUCUCCUUCCUGUUCA